GCUUUGUUGUUUUUCCACAUUUGCCCCUAUGUUUUUGUAGAUAUGGCCAAUCUGAAUCGAAUUCAUUUCGGUAUUCAGAGGAAUCGCCGAUCGAUCGAUCGAAUCGAGGAUUUCAAAAAUUGAUAGCGCGCAGACCGGUCCAAUCCUGAUUUUUUGAUAGUGCUGGGAUUCGAUUUGUAUUCCUUCUGUAAUUUGGAAUAUAUUUGAAUCGGAUUUGAGUUAGGUAAUUUGAAUUAGAUUUUUCUUGCGGAAAAAAUGGGUAGUCCGGAGAAGAAUCAGAGCAAAGGGGGAUUCUUUGCGGCCAUGACAUCGGGGCUAUCGAUUUUCGGAAACGCCAUGCACAGAUCCGUCAACGGAUUUCUUGGCUAUGAAGGGGUAGAAGUUAUUAAUCCUGAAGGAGGAAAAGAAGAUGCUGAAGAGGAAGCACAUAAAGGAAGAUUUAGGCAGGAAGAACGAGAUAGUUAUUGGAAAAUGAUGCAAAAAUAUAUUGGUUCUGAUGUCACAUCAAUGGUGACUCUCCCCGUCCUCAUAUUUGAGCCAAUGACAAUGUUACAGAAAAUGGCAGAGUUAAUGGAAUACGCCCAUCUUUUAGAUCUAGCUGAUACAUGUGAAGACCCAUACAUGCGGAUGGUGUAUGCCUCAUCAUGGGCAGUAUCUGUUUAUUUUGCUUACCAACGUACCUGGAAGCCUUUCAAUCCAAUUCUUGGUGAGACUUACGAAAUGGUUAACCAUGAUGGGAUUACAUUCCUCUCAGAGCAGGUCAGCCAUCAUCCUCCAAUGAGUGCUGGUCAUGCUGAAAAUGAGCAUUUCACAUAUGAUGUGACAUCUAAGUUAAGAACAAAAUUUUUAGGAAACUCUCUUGAUGUCUAUCCUGUUGGAAGAACUCGUGUCACUCUCAAAAGAGAUGGUGUUGUCCUGGAUUUGGUGCCGCCUCCAACAAAAGUCAACAACUUGAUUUUUGGCCGUACUUGGGUUGAUUCACCAGGAGAAAUGAUCAUGACAAAUAUGACUACAGGGGACAAAGUUGUUUUGUAUUUUCAACCUUGUGGUUGGUUCGGAGCUAAUAGAUAUGAGGUGGAUGGGUAUGUAUACAAUGCUGAAGAAGAACCUCAAAUAUUGAUGACCGGGAAAUGGAGUGAGUCCAUAAGUUACCAACCAUGUGAUCGGGAAGGAGAACCUCUAACUGGCACAGAAUUGAAAGAGGUUUGGCAUGUUGCUGAAGCUCCACCAAAUGACAAAUUUCAAUUUACCCAUUUUGCACAUAAAUUAAACAGCUUUGACACUGCACCCAAGAAGUUGUUGCCAUCAGAUUCACGUUUACGUCCUGAUAGAUGGGCACUUGAGAAAGGUGACCUAUCUAAGGCUGGAGCUGCAAAGAGCAGUUUGGAAGAGAGACAGAGAGCCGAAAAGAGAGCCCGAGAAGCAAAGGGCGAUCAUUUCACCCCAAAGUGGUUCGAUCAAACUGAUGAUAUUACAUCCACUCCAUGGGGUGACUUGGAAAUAUACAGCUACAAUGGAAAGUACACAGAGCACCGGAAUGCCAUCCAGUCCUCCAUGGCCGCUGAAGUGGAUGAUGUCGAGUCGACAGAGUUCAAUCCAUGGCAGUAUGCGGAGCUGUCCGAUUGAGGUAGGUAACCUUACUCGUUGCUGCAGUAUGUGGAUUAUAAGCUUUGCUGGACUACGGUUUGGUGUGAUGUUGCAUUCAAUUUUUGCUUGUUAGAAUUUGGCCAUUGUAAUGUUAUUUUAUGGUUUUGUGGAUAUGUUAAAGAGAUGCAUCAGAUAGUUGUGGUGAUGAAGGGUUUGUUUUUAUUUCACUGCCACUUUUUUGGACCCUUUGGGAAAUUGUUCUUAGUUUAUUUUACUAGAUAGUUUUGGAUUGUUCA